AUGUAUCCACCUAUCUUUUUUACUCUCUCGAGUUAGAUACACGCGAUGACCGUUACGUGUACUCGUUCGCAUUUUCAUCGACGCACACGCGAGCCUUGUUCAACAAGAAGAAGAGAGGAGGCUAUUUAGUUGAGGUGAUAGCGAUGGCGGUGAUGAUGAUGGUGCUGGCUGGUGGUGGUGGUGGUGGUGAUGGUGGUGGUGGUGGCGGUGAUGGUGGUGGUAUUGUUACUGCUGCUGCUGCUGUUACUGGUGGUAGUAGUGAUGAUCUUCGCAAACUCUUACAAGCGGUGGAAGUGCAAAAGGAAAUUAUAGGAGAGAAUUGCACAAGACCGGCCAUUGAUGAGUUCCCAUCGGAUGGACUUACGCGAGCAGAACGACGAUCUGGUUUCAUAGCGAUACAUUUCGCCAUUGCUAUUUAUCUCUUUUUACUUUUGGCGAUCAUCUGCGACGACUUUUUUGUACCUGCGAUAAAGAAAAUAUGUGAAAAGAUGAAAGUGAGCGAGGACGUCGCCGGUGCAACCAUAAUGGCAGCAGCCAGCUCCAGUCCGGAAUUAUUCAUCAAUGUUAUUGGAACUUUUAUAACGGAAGGAGAUUUAGGUGUAGGCACGAUCGUUGGUUCCGCUGUGUUCAACAUACUUGCUGUGCCAGCUUGCUGUGGAUUAUUUGCCAAACAGACACUACAUUUAGAAUGGUGGCCCAUCACACGCGAUACCUUGGCAUACUCUUUCACUGUACUUUUAUUGAUCAUAACACUUCGAGACGGUCGUAUCGAGUGGUACGAAGGCUUGAUUCUCAUCAUAUUUUAUAUACUUUACAUUUCGGCAAUGUUUUUCAAUGGAAAAAUCAGUGGAUUUGUAAAACGUGUCACGUCGAAGAGAAAAGCGUACAAGAGUAUCUCCGAGAAUAGUCCUCUUAUUUCUAGCACGUACAUGAAAAACGGCGACAUCGAGAAUUUCGGUACGAGCGAGAAGGAAGAAGCACUUGAAAUCGUAAGUAUGACAAGUUGGCCGAGCUCGAAGUACGAAAGAAUAUGGUGGGUUAUAACAUGGCCGAUCAAUCUGGUACUGCUCGUUACGAUUCCAGAUUGCAGGAGACCGAAAUUAAGAACAUGGUAUCCUUUAACAUUCAUCAUGUGCAUCAUAUGGAUCGCUAGCACGUCUUACAUAGUAGGAUGGGUAAUAACGAUUAUCGGUGAUACAUUCGAUAUUCCUGACUCGAUCAUGGGAUUGACUUUCCUCGCGGCUGGUAUGAGCGUGCCUGAAGCUGUAUCUAGCGUUAUCGUAACAAAUCAAGGUCUUGGUUCAAUGGGAAUAAGUAAUUCGAUAGGUUCGAAUGUAUUCGACGUUCUACUUUGUUUAGGAUUACCAUGGUUUGUGAAAGCCACCAUGAUACCAACCAUACCAGGGGAACAUAGCAUUAAAAUUAAUUCGCAGGGUCUCGUUUAUAGUUCUGUAUCUCUUUUUUCUACAUUAUUCAUCCUAUACGUAUCUCUCGCGUGUAACAAAUUUAAAUUAAAUCGUGGCAUUGGUAUAACAUGUCUUAUUACAUACGCCAUUUUUUUAAUAUUCGCAUCGAUCGUAGAACUUAACAUCUUUUUUGUCGUUAAUUUACCUAUAUGCAAUCAUUGACAAUAAUUAUUAAAUAUGCAUUUACUUGCCCGUAGGCUUUCUAUACAAAGGCAACAUUAUUUCAGAUACAUAUGUAUUAAAUAGAAUAAGUUCGUUAAUGUGCUAGUCAAUUAUUUGUAACAUGUCCAUUUAGUACAUUACGAUAUAUCAUUUUUGAAUUACAUGAAUUUAAAUGUAUUUCGUGUUAGGUAUAUUUUUUAAUUAAAUUCAUACUUAACGCAUGUUACAUAUAUAGAAAUAUAAGAGAAAUAUAUAUAUAUAUAUAUGUGUGUGUGUGUGUGUGUGUGUGUGUAUACAUGUGAAAAUGUAAAUGUAUAUCUUAUUUACCUUUUAUAUUAUUAAGAACAUUAAAGAAAGAUAUUGAUAUAUAUCAGAAGGAAGUAUCAUUUAUCACGCAUAUGUUGGUGUUAAUUUCUAUCAUAUUAUGACAAUAAGAGAAUCAAAAGGGAAUAUUGUUAAACAUAAAUUUUAUAUAAAUGGUGGAUGAAUGGUCCAAAUCGAAAUAUUGUUAAAUAUUUAUUAAAAUGUAUUAGGUGUAUCGGAAAGUUCUGUCCAUAUCAGUUACAACAAACUUCAAUAAGUAUGCAUAUAUUCAUUUGACGCAUAUUUGGCUCUCUCUUUUUAUCACUGAAUAUAUACUGACCUAGCGAAUGAACUAAAACGAAGAUGAUUCAUGUUAGUAGUAAGCGAUCAUGUACCCAUGGCUACUGAUAAAGUUCAUUUACAUCACUGUAUUUUGUACGAAUUUCAACGAGGAAGAAAUGCUACAGAAGCGUAUAGAAAUUUAUUGAAAGUAUUUGGUACAGUUUCUGAUAGAACAUGCAGAAGAUGGUUCGAAAAAUUUGAAAUAGCUUUGAUUUCGACCUUUCUGAUAAGCCAC